AAAUAAGAAGAGAUUCUGUAGAAUAGUUAAAGAAUCAAUUAAAGAGUGAGAACGAUAGUGUCUGACGUUAAAAAAGUAGUACAAAAAUUGUCGACUAGUCAUCGAAGGACUUACAAGUGCCUUACGUUUUUCAUAGUACUGAUACAUUCUCGAAGUAUCAGUCUUCUAUUUCACUACUGUGAUACCUAUAAGCGACACGUACUCCUAAAAAUGCGUUGUAAUUUCGCAGUAUUUGCCAUAGUAUCCUAUUUUUUGUUCAGUUUUGUGGUGGGCUCAAAGAAUGAUUCUGAAAAUAGAACCGUAUUCGUGCCCACCACGGAGUGGAAGACCGUUGAAAAAGGUACACCAAUCCCGAAGGGUCUGCAUGUACGGCAUAAUUUUCAAACUGGGAUUACCGAAGCUAAGUUGUUGGAACCUGAAGAAAAAAAUUCUAAGAAUGACGAAACAACCAAAUCGCUGACUAUCCAUCCUGAGACUAUCCAGGGAUCAGAUACCGACAACAAAGCACCUGAAGGAGAUGAUGAAAUCGUGAAAAUAUCUGCCAAAGAAUUGAAAGAUAAGAUCAAAAAAAUGAAGGCUAGCAAAGUCACCUUUGGUUCGAAAACUGAGAAUGCAAAUAUUCGUAAUUCGGAAACGAGGUUCCAAAGCUAUCAUAAGCGCCUUGAUGAAUUGAAGGCAGAUUACGAAAGUAUGAAGUUAUUCCAAAAACCAAAUGAUGCUGAUUUAAUACGUGAAUUUAUUCAACAAUUCAGUAAGCAUAGAAAGGCGAUUACUUCUGGAUCAUUGGACACUGAUGAGCUAAAAAGUAUCAUCGAUAUAUUAGGUCAAUUAGAGUACUUGGUUCAUGAUAUUGAUAGUGGGCUAGAAUUCACUAAGUCUGAAGGUCUGGUAAAAGUCAUAUACCCAUGCCUCAAUGGGACAAUUGAAGACCUCAAGAUUGAGGCUCUUCGAGUAUUAGGGGCAGCUGUACAAUCGAAUCCUAAGGUGAAGGAAGUAGCCUUGGAAUUGGAAUUUGUUCCCAUAAUUUUACGUACUUUGACAAAACAUCAAAACCCAAAAGUUAUGGAUCGCUGUAUAUAUGCGAUGGGUUCUCUGAUACGUAAUUAUCCAGUUGCGCAAAAAGUAUUUCUCCGUCACGGUGGAUUGGAAAUAUUCUCUGAGCUCCUGGUAGAAGGACCAGUAUCUUCCCAAAAACGUAUAAUAAAUCUGAUCAAUGACAUGAUACUUGAAAGACAAAAAUUGAGUGAUGAAUCUGAAGAAUCACAGUAUCGAGAAUCAAAUAUGGCGGAAUACACCGAUGUAGAAUUUGAGGAGAAAAUUAUAAGACAUAAAAUUUGCGCACGCCUUGUAACUUUGUUAGUGAAAACAAUAGAUAAUGAAAUACGAACUGAAAAUAGUAUUGAUACUAAUGAGCACGACUUACUUGAAGUGAUUUACGAAUGCAUCCUAACAGUCGGCAAUAUUUGUAAAUCCGAAUUUCAAAAUAACCGAGUUGACAUCCUAACUGCUCUAGACGAAGUCAGUGCCUUUUACAAUAGCUUGAAUACACCAUUACAAUCACAUGAUGACGACUUUAUUCGACAUCUUUUGACAAUUAUUGACAAACUGAAAGAAACGGUGUUUUCGGUGUCACAUGACGAACUUUGAAGUGUCGAUUAUAGGUAUUGGAACUUUCAUACGGGUAAGUAUAUUUUUAAUAAGAUAUUUGUUUCCUUUUUUGCUCUUUAGAAUUCAAAAGUUAGAUUAAUAUAUAUUAAUAUGAAGUGUAUUUUAAUUAUAAUACUAUACUAUUUGUUCAUAAACGUGAUUAUACAAA